AUGACGCUAAAUCAGAACUCGUACGGGUGAGCCGUCAGUAUCAGAUUACCGUCUAUCAUCAACACACGACCCAUGACGGAUUUUUUUUUAAAAUUUAGCAUAACGAAAAUAACCACGAUAUUUCUAACAUACUAAUAAUCUCAUUUUAUUCGAAUUAGCCCCAUAUUUUAAUUCUAUUCAUUCAAAACUUGUCUUGGUUUCCUUACUAGUCAAAUAAAGCAGGUACUGUUUUGUGAAAUAAGACGACAGGCGUGGCCUCACGUGCACAAUCAAGGCUUUGAGUCAGCACAGGUGAGCUGCUCGCGCCCUGCUGACAGCCCGAGCUCGAGAGCGAAGAGGAGAGCACGCAGGUAUAACUGUCACCUCUGUUCAUAAAGAGAGGAUUUCUGAGCUUUUUUCUUUAUUAUUGCGGUGGAAAAAAAUCUACUUGAACAACUCAGGUGCGCAUUUACUCCUGAAUCCAAAUCUGACGUGUUUUUUUUUUUGUUUGUUUGUUUGUUUUUUUUGGCUUGAAGGAUGAAUUUGCAUCAAAGUUUUCGAUCGUUCGCUGUUUUUGUGCUUAUUUUACUCAGCUGCAUCUUUCAAGGUAAGAUUAAAAUGAAUGAGGUUUUUUGCUGUGGGCUGUUGUUUGUUUUCAGUUUAUUUGGCGCUGUUAGUAAUGGGUUAUUGCUGAGCACAAAUGUCUGAAAAAUAGCUUUGAUAUGUUUUUCUUUUACUCAUAAAGUUCACUGUUUUAGUGAUUAUGUCAAACCAUAAUGACUGUACUGUUUAGUGUCAUUUAAUUUCCAUAUUUGAGCAUUUUCUGAUCUCAAGGAUCAGGCCAGUUCACUUAUUGAGACAUGAGUGUCCCCUCUUUCAUGCACUGGCUCCACACUUCACAGGUACACACUGUGAGCUGACUGCCUCCCCUAAUGGUCCCACUCUGGUGAGCGCUGUCUCUGGCAGCAAUGUGACUCUGGCUGUGUCCUUCAGCGGCGCCCCUGACCCAGCACUCACCUGGUCCAUGGGAAAUCUUCCUGUCGUCACAUGGACUAUUAACUCACCUUCUCCCCCAGAUAUACCUGAAAACAGAAGGACCGUGCUGCAGGUUGAGCAAAAUGGAUCUCUUACAUUUGUGAAUGUGUCGCCUGAAUACACUAGUAACUACACGUUUGAAAUUACAAAGUCUGGACUAGGAAAAGCCUUGGUUACUUUUGAGCUGAAAGUGUUUGGUGAGUACAAGUAUGAGCUUUUUUAAUCACUCUUUAGGGGAGUUUGAAUCUAAUACUUGCUUUUAAAUGUAGGAAAUAAUCGGAACUUUUGAAACUGUGGCUACAAACUCAAAGACGACUUUUUCCUGGGCUGAAUUUCAAUCUUUUUCAUAGACUUCAGUCGAAGUGGUUGCUGUCUUUACAUAUGUAGGAUUAUGUUAGCGAGCACACUCAACUCAUUGCCACAGAAAUCCUUUAUUACAUUACAACUUUACAACCUGUUGGUCUUCUUCAGGUUUUGAACCACCUCUGUUUUCAGGGUUAUGUUAGUCCCCCGUUUCCUCCGAUAAAACUAGACUGCCGGGACAGUUUCCUACGCCACUUUCUACUACAAAAAGAGUAUUGUUUUCAGAAAUGAUAUCUGGAGUGUGAGUGUUUCCCAGCUGUUCUGGAUUAUAUGCAAAAUUCCCUCUAAAGUCAGGGUGUUAGAAAGGUGGUUUGUUGUGAAGGCAGUCAAGAAAAACUUAAGCACUAAUAUAUUUAUCUGGAUCAAUACACUGAUAACAAAGUGUCUCCUGGAAAAUCAGCUGUUUAAGGUUAAUUAUAUUGCAGCAUUAACAAACAAUAACAGUGUAAAGUGGCCGUGAGAGUAGUUAGUUAGUUAGUUAGUUAGUUAGUUAGUUAGUUAGUUAGUUAGUUAGUUAGUUAGUUAGUUAGUUAGUUAGUUAGUUCGUUCGUUCGUUCGUUCGUUCGUUCGUUCAUUCGUCAGUUUGUUUAUUGUCCAAGAGUGGAAAUUUGUCUUUAGUCUCAUUGUGUACAAAAAACAGAUCAACAGCAACAAGGACAGCAGCAACAGACACAUAACAAAUACACACAAAACAUCUUUGCAGCAAAAGAGGGAGAACAACAAUGGCAUGUACUGGCAGAUCUAACGAGACAUAGGCCUACUAUCAUUUAGUGCCCUGAAUGAGUUUUUGAAGAGGUUACAAUUUGCCUUAGGUACUUUAGAAUCAUAGCUAGCAACAUGCCAACUUAAGGUGUUUUCUUACCUAUUUUCAUCGCUUAUUUUUAUUGCACAAAAAUCCAAAGGUAUCAAGUUAAAGAAUCAGAUUAGAAAAAAGCCACAGAUGUCAGCAUUUACUCCCAACUCAGACAUUACGAUACCAUGACCUUUGUCUUUCUCCUCUUCCAUCAUUCCAUCACCUCCUCUCUUACAGAAAUCAUCCAGAAUGUGACUCUGAGCCCAACGCCUGAUUUUGCCAUUGAGGGCACAGACCGCUUCACCAUGCAGUACAACAUGAUACAAGGAACGGUCGAGCAGCAGAUGUGGUUCUUUGGUGAUGAGGAGAUAAAACCCAGCUCGCACUAUCUGUUGACACAAAAGAGUCUUGUGGUCCUUGCGCCGACCAGAACUGACACAGGAGAGUAUUCGGUGUUGUUGAGGAACCCCUUUAGCAGCGUGACAGCCCACAUUAGUGUCACUGUGCUGUGUAAGAUCAUUUUUUUUAACAAGGAAUCUUAAUCUUAAUGUUCUGGUUUGUAUCUCCUCAUUCAGUCUCUUCAGUCCUCUUCGUUUUUUUUGUUACAGAUGGACCAGAUGAUCCUAUCCUCAAAGCCCAUCCAGCUCAGCCUUUCUAUGUCUCAGGAGACUCUCUGAAUCUCUCCUGUCAGGCCGAAGGAUUCCCUCAGCCGGCUGUCCAGUGGGUCUUUAAUGGUCAGAACAUUUCCAGCAAAGGAGUCCUAAAUUUAACAAAUGUGCAGACCUCUCAGGGAGGCGUGUAUACGUGCAAGGUGCUCAAUAAUCAGACCGAGAAGGAGCGACAAAAGAACAUAACUUUAAAUGUUUAUGGUAAGUGAAAAGCCUUUUUUUCUUAAUUUUUAUUUAUUUAUUUAUUUAUUAUUAUUAUUAUUUGUUUAUUAUUUGUUUAUUAUUUGUUUAUUUAUUUAUGUUUUAAUUGUUUAUUUUAAUUUUUCUUAAUUUCUCUUUUUGUGUGUGAUUGUGUAGGCUACACUUUAGAGGGCUUUUCAUGGCAUCAGAAAAUAAUGAUGUGGUUUAUUCUGUUCGUUUAUGUUCUGCAAAACAAUCAUAUCCAAUAUUAAAUCUAAAUCCCAAACCUGUAAGAAAGAGUUCUCAUCUAACAAACUUGAGUAUCAUAUAAACAUAUAUUCAUGUACAGGCUGCUUGCUUCACUUUAAUAAUAUCUAACCAGUCUUCUUGAUUGACAGAGAAACCAGCUGGCAGCCCUCUGUGCUCCGUACAGUCAGUGAAUAACAACACUGACCUGCAGUACCGCUGUAGCUGGUCAGGGGGAACUCCAGAGGCUCAGCUUUCUUUCCCUGUACUGAGCAGCAGCAACAGUGGAGCAGGAAACUUCAGCCUGACUGUCAUCGCCUCAGAAAACCUCGACGGGAGAAUUGUCACAUGCACAGCGGACCAUCCACUCGAACAGAAUAGGUGCAAUGUUACCGCAAGUAAGUUUUUGUUAAAGGAUGAUCAAACUUGGGGAUCUGGUAUUCAACAAUAUUAAGUCGAAAACAAAAACCUUCACCCUCCACAGGUGGUCCCCUGAAGUUCCUGCCAUUUGUGAGAACCACAGUCGACUCUGAGGGCAAAAUAGUGGUGACUAUCUACUGCGUCAGUGAGGCGUCUCCCAGCGCUGUGGUGUCAUGGUCCAAAGGGAUUGAGGCUGUGAUCAACGGGACAACGCACCAGAUUAGCAGCAACACCGCCCAGCUCCAGAUUCGGGAUUUCAAUGUCAGCUACUUCCUUCUCCAAAACUACUCCUGUACCUGCAGAAACCCCCUGGGCAGCCAGAGGAGGGGGAUUCAGUUAUUAGGUAUUAAACAGCUGCACUUGUUUGUUGUAUUUUUGCAGUCAUCUUGAAGUAGAGAUAGAUAGAUAGAUAGAUAGAUAGAUAGAUAGAUAGAUAGAUAGAUAGAUAGAUAGAUAGAUAGAUAGAUAGAUAGAUAGAUAGAUAGAUAGAUGGGGUGCUCGAUCAGCUAAGUGAGAACUGCUCGAGUUCGUAGCUGUCUCGUCCAAUAAGGACAAAAUUCUCUUACAAAAUAUUCAGUGCUCAAGGGUGAUUCAAAAUAACCUCCCAAAACAAUUAAGUGAUGCUCAUAAAUAAUUUGUGAAUUUAAAGCUCCUGUGAGGACUUUUUAGUUUGGGUUGAUUUUGGCGCCCCCUGUGGACAAAGCAGUCUUUUGCUCAUCUUGUCCUUUACAUACUCCAAGGAUGUCUUUGACAAAAAGUUUUAUCCAGUCAGACAAAAUCUAGCAACUUUGCAGUACUUUAGGACAUUCAGUAUUUGGCUGAUUUUUUUCCUUUUUUAAAUUUUAAAUCUUUUCGUCUGUUAAACAAUUAAUUAUUUUACGAGGUGAAUAAUUUAGAGUUAAAGCUUCAAUUUUAAAUAGCAAUUCCCUCUUUACUUCUUUAACCUCAUAAUAAAUAUAUAAGACCAACAUUAUAUUUAUUCAAACAGAGUAAUUUGGCAUUGCUCUUUAUCCUUGGAAACAAAAGUGUGGCUUUACUUUCAUUCUUCCAUGUUUCAAGUUUUCCACCGGCCUCUAACUGUGAGCACAUCUAGCAUUACCAGAGUUAAAGGAAACAAAGAGCCCUCAGACGGAGUUAAGUUAUACCUGAAACUGCUUUCCCCUUCAGACAAAGCUCCCCAGUCUUGGUCCCCCCCUCUUGAUCUCUCUCUCUCCCUCACAAUCCCUCUCCUCCCAGGACCGUCCAUCUCAGAUUCCAGUUUGUUCCCUAAUCAAGAUGGAACCAUAGUCACGUUGACCUGGGAGGUCCCACCGACCUCCAUUGUUACAGGUAAUACAGUCAUUUUCUCCAGGAAGGAGGCUCUGGAAAACUGCAGUUUGAUUUCUUUUUCCACUCAAAUAUAUACAAACGUCACACGGCAAACCAAGCCACCCUGUUUUGUAUUCGUACAUCUCAGCAGAACUCCCCUGGGAAGAAUGCCGACACGGUGUUGAAAAUAGAAACUCAGCAUAGAAGAUAGGGGUGUAAAUAUUGUGUAAUGUGUGAAGCCUCUUACUGAGCAAAGCUGUGUUGUGGUAAAAAUAUGAAAAGGGCACAAGCACUGUGAGGCACGAGUAUCACUGUCUGUUAUUUCCUCUCACUGUCAGCCUGUUUACACGUGUUUGGCUCCACUGUUUGACCUUUCUUUUAAAGGUUUUGACAUCCAGAUGAAAGGGCCGGACCUCCAGAACAUGAACCGGAAUGACACCCAAAUUAAAGGCAGCUCAAAUAUGUUCCAAAUCAUUCAGCAGAAACCUGGCUUUGCCCGGAGUGCUGAUAUCUUUCCCCUCGAUCCAAAGAAGACAUACAGGUUUCAGAUCAUCCCCAAAGCUCGUAUGACUGAAGGAGCGCCCUCAAAAGUCCACCGGAUCGGCCCAGGUGCAGAAAUCUUUGGAUUAUUAUGAUAGAGUGUUGUAUUUCUUGUUACACAUUCAAAUUGAAACACGUUGUUUAGGGAUGUGAAUUGAUAAGGUUUUAUAGAUAUCGAUGCCAUUAUCGAUUCAAUUCUUUAACGAUUCCCUAAUUUAUGCCUUUCUUUGUAUUUAAAAAAAGUAGACCAUAGGUCUUCACCAUUCACUCAAAGUUAUAUUGAGUCUCUGAUAACAGAAAAAGAUGUAUGCCAUCGUCAUUUAGAGUCUAAAAAUAAUCAAACGACAAACUAUUUCUACAGCAUUUACUUUGGUCGGGAUUAAGUCAAAUACAUAAUACGUUGUCAAGUUUGGCAUGCAUUGUACUCAUGUUAACACAGGACAUACAUACCGUCCAUGCCGUGCUGAGACGGAGCAGCAGCGUCUGACGACCAGCGGAGAGCAUUGAAUACAUAUGACUCCUUAUAUUUGAUGCCGUGCCGCGUUGACAAAUGUUUAAGCAUGUUGCUGGUGUUUCCAUCUUUGCAUGUUGUGCUGUUGUUGUCUUUCUUGGUAAAAUUAAGCCAUGCUUGAGAUCGUCUCUGCCUACUUUUCAUACCGUCCACCACAGUUUUUUUUCCCUCUGUCUCUGUUCUCAUUUGUGUAGACCGGCACUCGCGAGACUGUUUUUCAAAGCACCCGCAAGAAAGGAUUCCUUAAGGGAAUCGUUAAGAUGAAAUGUAAAUGAUGUCGAUGAUUUGAACCAUUUGGAACCGGUUCUCACUUCCCAUCCCUAAUGCUGUUUGUCCUGGUAAUACUAGGUGAGGGGCUGAGUGGUCCAGCCAUUGCUGGAAUUGCUGCAGGAAUCCCCUGCAGCAUCCUCUUCCUCGUUCUGUUAGCCGGCUUCAUCUACCUUUGUGUUUACUGCUACAGGAACAGAAGUGAGUUAAAAUCAACUUUCCUUGUACAGCACUGAAUUGUAACCACUCAUCACAUGACACGUUAUGGAGAAAAGGUUUCAACAUUUAAAAGAGGCGGCCAAGUUAGUGCAAAAAGCUUCAGCUCUAUACUAACAGCUAUCAGCAAAAUACCAAUGAAAACAUGUUUACUUUUACAACCUGGUACAUGUCAUGUCCUUUUCGAUCCCACUGUGCAAAAGCUGAAUUAUUAUUAUUAUAUCACUCAUCUGAUUUGAAGAUAUCAAGACCAGAAGUUAAACAAAGGUUUGCACAUGAAGGAGAUGUUGCUGAGUCGACUGUUGAGCAUGCAUGUUGCAGCUCAGGCCACACCUCAGCUCCACCGCUUCACUUGGGUCUGGACUGACAGACGUUUGGUCAAGUCGACAUUACGAUAAGGCGGCGGCCAUCAUAGAGAUUCAGAACCCAGUGGCUGAUGAUCAUGUGACACAGGUUUAAUACAGCCAGUAUUCUAGUGCGCAGCUUUCAUAAAAACAAAAUAACACAACAAAAGUAAGAGAUUAUAAUUGUUAAUCACUAUCAUACUCAUAAUUUUGGACUAAUUUUAGCAAAACAAACUAUAUUAAUUAUUUUAAAAUGUGUCUGACAAUUGUAGCUCAGCUUUAAAACCAUGUUAACAAAUCUUUUUUUCCACAAUAGUCAAUAUUUUUGAUGUUUUAUUUGUGCUUUUUAGGUCGACAGACAAGAUAUCCUGUUUCCAGAGCCGCUGAGAAGGUAAGACUAAUUAUACAUGUCGGAAGUAUAUCUAGUUCUCAGAGGUUAGCUGAAAGUUACGUCUUAAAGACAGCUCUGGCACUAAUCCAAUCUUUCUAUCGUAUGUCAGACACAGUGUGUAAUUUAUUAAUAAUUUUCACAGUCGUGUUGUCGAUUGUUUUAAUGUCUUUUUCGUCACUCUCAGGCAAUAACAACCCAAACUGAUUCAACUCCCCACAACCGUCUCAGAGGAGGGUUGAAGGAUCCCCCAGAUUACAACCGAUUAAAACCGGUAAUCAAUCAAACAUGAGAUAAAGAUUACUGUUUUUGUACAACGACAGCAAAUGAUCAGAUUUAUGUUUUUUUUAAAUUUUAGGCUCCCUCUGAAAGAUCCGUGGAUCUCCCCGCCUUUAUCCCUCCACCGCCGGUCAGAGUCGCUACAACUGUCUAA